AUGGCACUUUUAUGGAAUGACAUUUUAGAAAGAUCCAACAAGACCUCAAUACAGUUGCAAACAAUAAAUUGUGAUCCUUUAAAAGCUCUUAAUUUACUUAUAUCAUUAAAGCAUUAUGUAUCAAAUUUGAGGAAGUGCAGUACAUUAUAUGAAAAUAAAAUAAAUCAACUUAGUCCUAAAAUAAAAGAGAAAUACUCCGAUGAACAAGAGAGAAUAAAAAAAAAGAAAUUUCCAAAUGACUCUGGUUGUAAUCAGGUAUCUUUAAGUGGUCAUGACAAGUUUAGAGUAGAGACUUAUUAUGUUAUUAUAGAUAGUUUUUGUUCACAAUUAGAAAAACGAAUUGAAGCUUAUAGUUUUCUAAAAAACAAUUUUUUGUUCAUCACAAAAUUACAUGUUGUUUUACCACAAGAUACUGAUGAAGAAGAAGAAGUUAAUAAAAGUCUUGAAAAUUUUAUUUUAUUUAAACCUUCAUAUGAUGACACACAAGAUUAUCUGCUAGAUAUUUGGAAGCAUUUCAAUGAAAAAAAUCUAUUACUUUCUUUUCCUAAUUUGUAUACUGCAAUUAAAAUAUAUCUAACCAUACCUAUUGCAAAUUGUUCGGCUGAAAGAGCAUUCUCCAAAUUAGCUCGAAUAAAAAACAAGUAUAGAACAAGCUCUUCUCAAGAAAAUUUAAAUAGUUUUAUGGUUUUGUGUUCAGAGAGUGAUGUUUUGGAGGUAAUUAAUACCGAUGAUAUAAUUAAAGAGUUUGCUGCCCAAAAAUCUAGAAAAAAAUAUUUUUAA